UCUGGACCUCCUAAUGUGUAAGAUGGCCGCCACCGAGUCAAGUUUAUCCAGUGAAAAUCCCGCCAAGAAAGAAGAUGAAUUCAACGAAUUUUACACGGAGGUUAAGGAGAUUGAGAAAAGAGAUUCUGUGCUGACACCUAAGCAACAAAUUGACAGACUACUAAGACCCGGCUCAUCCUACUUUAAUUUGAAUCCAUUUGAAGUCUUACAGAUUGAUCCAAAUACUGCAAUAGAUGAAAUAAAAAAGAAAUAUCGUCGUAUGUCUAUUUUGGUACAUCCAGACAAAAAUCAGGAUGACGCGGAAAGAGCACAACAAGCUUUCGAAAUUGUCAAUAAGGCAUGGAAAACUUUGGAGAACGAAGAAACUAGAUCAAAGUGUAUGGACGUCAUUGAGGAGGCAAAGGCUCGGACCGAUCACAUGAUUGCAGAGAAGAAGAAAAAACUGAAGAAAGAGGGUAAAUCCGAGAACUCGGGUCCGACGCUCCUAGAGGAAGAAACUGAGGAAGGUUAUCGGCACGCUGUUUGGGUGAUGACGAUGAAAUUGUUCGCUGAUAUGGAGCGAAGAAGGCGAGAGCUAGCUACUAGAGACGCGGAACAGCGUAAAAGAAAGCGUGAGGAGGAAUUAUCUGCGGAAGCUCAGGCAGCAUUGGACCGCGAGUGGCAACGCAACUUCGAGGAGUCCAGGCAGUCGCGCGUCGACAGCUGGAAGGCUUUCCAGUCCGGCGCCAGCGCGACGAAGCAGAAGAAGGCGAAGAAGUUGAAGGCGUUCAGGCCGCCGAAAACGAAGGCGGAGUCGCGAUAAUCGCGGAUUUCCCUCACGUUUCCGUCUCCGUUUCCCUUUCCGUUUCUCCCGCAGAUUCUAACGUUAGUCGACGCGACACUUUAUCCUAGACAUUUUUCUCGUAGCGUUAAGAUAGAUUAAGCGCGACCGUAAGUCCACUUUUUCGCUUAGAUAAUGCGUGGUCUGAUGCCAGAAAGCGAGGACGUUAGAGAUGCGCGAACGCGCGAGAAAGAGGGAGAGAGACGCGGAAUGAAAGAGCGGAGCGAGAGCGCGAGCGAAUGAACGAGGAGUGCGUCUCUUUUUGGCACACCGUGUGUAUGCUGUUCGAAUGACGUUUUUCCGUGUGCGUGCUCGAUGUCGCGUUGUUCGUUUUUAAAAUUGCGCCAUAAAAUGCAGUGCAAGACGUUUUUCUCGAAACAUCACGUAAUAUUUUGACGCUCGCUAUGCGAAUUAAUGUGAUUGCGAGAGAAAGAAAGAGAGAUAGAGAGAAAGGGGCUCUUGCAUCGCCAGUCUCGCGUCUCUCCUCGCGGAUCCGAGCGAUCGGAGAUCUUUACGCGUGAUCUCAUCAUCACAGGAACAUCGAUGACGUAAAAGAGUGUGUAAAAAAGGGAAACAGGAUAUAGAAAGACAGAGAAGAGAGAGAAAGAGAGAGAGAGAGAAAGGAAAUUUCUCCGUAGUACUGUACAUUGAUACCGCGUAUCGCCUGUCACGUAACUGUCAAUUUUAUAAUAUACGUGUGUCUCGUACUUUUACUGUUAAGCAUACGAUUGUCCAUCAUAGGGAAAGUGCAGUUAGCUGUGUAUUAUAGUGACAAGCUCUCAAGCUGAGGUCGAGGAUGUCCCGCAACAUCCGCGACAUUUCGGGCGAGACGAAUUGCGCGAAUUAACAACAUGAUAUUUCUCUCCGUAACUUACGACGGAAAUCGCCGGGAAAUCGUCGCGAAUGCUUCAUCGUUCGCGUAGCGGGGCCCGAUAUGUGAUUCACCGAAUAUCAGCAAAAUCCUACUCGUCGAGGCGGUAAAAACUUGACGAAGUUUUCACGCCCACACAUGGGGAGGAUUCACUUCGCGUUGUCGCGAGGGGAUCCCAUUCUGCGUUUCGCGUUUUCUCCGACCAAGGACUCUAUCGUGAUGCACAAGCUCGCCCUCCGUUACUCGAUAUCGCGAUAGCUUCUCUCAAUCGUCUUGUCGCGAAUACGACACACUUCGACGUUGUACGACCGCGACGAGCCAUCGGCAGCGAAAGUGAUUCUUUUGAAAUUUCGCAACUGUGAACUGUGAAUAUAAACAUACAUAUAUAUGUAUUUUACAUAUAUGUAUAAAUUGUUUCCAAAAGACUGUUUAUUGUGCGGGACGCCAUGCCGCGACUCUUCUUUUUCUCGAACGUGGUCGCCUAGUGUGUAUGUCGCUAUUUAUAUAUAUAUCAAUGCAUUGAAGAGUCUUCUACUGAAUUGUGAUUGCAACACCAGGGUGUUUGUUCACAGACCGCGCGAGCGCGCGCGUGCGUACCACGAGAGGAAAACGCGCACAGAAUCUGCGAAGAACAUUAAGACGUUUAUCAGAGUGUUCCUCCAAUUUUCCCGCACCUCCCUCCGGUGAAUUCUUCGAUCGACUUGAUCUUUCUCCCAGAGAGAGAGAGAGAGAGAGACAGAUAAUUGCAUAAAAUUGCAGGAGAGCGUCGAUUCCGAAUUAUUUGCAGGUGUCCGUAGAUGAGAAAACAAGAUUGCGAUAUCCCGAAAUGAUUCUCUUCUUUUCGAGUUACAUCUGUGCAUACGCCGUGCGAUACAACUCGCUACUAGCCACACUGGUAACGACGUUUCCGCAAUCGUUCCCGCUAUUCCUCUUAUAUAUCACAGGUGCAAUAUAGCAUAAUUUACAUUGAUUAUACACACGAUCAAUCUAAGUACAAUAUUAUAUAUAUAUAUAUAAAAUAUUAUAUAUAUAUAUAUAUACAUAUAUAUUACACGCCGCUCGAAACAAUUAGGGAAUUGCCUCUUCGUGUGCCUGUAUCACCUGGAAGAUGUUCGAAGUAUCCAGUGUACUUCUCUCAAUAUCUUGUGAUCUCUUGUCCCUUUUGAUCUCCAAUUUUUAACGAAGAUAUUUAUAUUACAAUAUCGCUUGUUCUCUUGAUUCAAGCAGUAGAACUGUUCCAUGGAAUCUCACUCAUUUGACACGAUCUCCUCGUUAUUUCGAGCAGCGCGUGUCUCAUACUAGACAGUCUAAAAAAAAAAGAAAAACACAGAAAAAGGCAAAAAAAACAGCAACAGUCAAUCUUUUGUAUGUGAAAUUAAUAUAGAACUUUCUUUCAACAAGGCACAUGCAGAAUAUCUUUUGUCAAGAUAUUCGCGUUAUUUGCGCCAUGUUGUUUGUGACGUCAUGGUAUUUAAGAAAUGUAAACACAAUGCGUCGCGGGCAUUCGUUAGCCCGCGAGGCGCCGGUGUCAACAUCGCCAGCCAGUACGACGUCGUAUGUGAUCCCGAUAGCGCGUACUAUAUUACAGUCGUGUAUACCGACUGUUGACGGUUUCGUUUACGAAAGUAAUUUCAGAGAGAGUGAAAGAUAGAGAUCUCUCAUUCGGACGGUUCUUCUCAACCGUCAGAAGUGUCUCUGUGACGUGACGCGAUGCCGAGGAAGAAAAAGAGAACGAGAGUGUGCGUGGACAGAAUACUCCAAAUACUUCACGAGGAGCAGCUGAUCCAGCAGAGAGAAAUUCUGAGAUUAGCGUGAGUACUUGGAAAAUAUUAAAUGUCGGGUCUGUCGAAAAGUUUCAUGAAAUUUUCUUGAGUGAUAAACUGGCCUGCUAAAAUAUUAGAGACUAUCCAAGCUAUAGCGGCGAUUACUCAGUUGACGAACAAUCAGUUUUCGUUUCGAAUGCAGUACAGUCAAAUUUCACUCGAUAAUUUGAAUCAAACUUUUCGACCGGUUCAAUAUAUAUAUUUUAGUUAAGAUGUAUUUGAUUUCAUUGUGAUUACACAUUGUCAUUAGUUUAGAGCUCUUGAGCAACUUUGCGCAGAGCGAAUGAGAAUUUAAACGGCUCGCGUGAGCGGCGUUUUCAUUGACAUGACGCGUAAUUUUAAGCAAAUUAUAUUUCUUUCUGAAAUUGUA